AUGAAUACCGGGCCAGUUCUGGUACAAGACGUACCGAGUCGAUCAUCUCGCACAAGACAGAUUGCUCCGGGGUCAGUCAACAUACCGAUACCGGCAUGGCCCAAAGACACCACCACCACGACAGUGGACGCCGAUGAGAUAGCAACAAAAGUCAUCGGCUCGCUGAAUCUUGCACUCGACAGAGGCGAUAAUGCGGCUGUGGCGAGACUUUUCAUGGACAAUGGCUAUUGGAGGGAUCAUCUCUGCUUAACCUGGGAUCUGCGGACCAUGAAGGGAGUCAGCAAAAUCCAAGGCUUUCUUGACGAUGGCCACCAUUUGCAAAGCAUUGAAAUUGAUCGGUCUAGCACAGAUCGGGCUCCCAAGCUCACUGCGCUGGAUCCCAAUGGGACUGUCAAGGGUGUCCAAUUUUUCACCAAGAUCGCAACACAGCACGGUUCUGGGAGAGGUCUCAUCAAUAUUGUGGACGACUCGGGAGACUGGAAAAUAUUUACAUGUUUCACAACGCUCACCGAGCUCACGGGUUUCGAGGAGGCCAUUGGACACAACCGACCAAAGGGUGUUCAACACGGUGCCAUGCCUUCGCGGAAGAACUGGCUAGAUCGGAGAAAGGAUGAACUCGAGUUUCAAGGUCAUGACCCUGAAGUUCUCAUUAUAGGAUGCGGACAAGCCGGCCUGACAAUGCAUGCUCGGUUGAAGAUGAUUGGCGUGCCCGCCCUCAUCAUCGAUACCUGCAACGAAGUUGGCGAUAACUGGCGCAAUCGCUAUCACCAGCUUGUACUACACGAUCCGAUCUGGUACGACCAGAUGCCUUACUUGGAGUUCCCCAAGUUCUGGCCCAUCUACACACCCAAGGACAAACUAGCAGGGUAUUUCAAGUCUUAUGCAGAGAUGCUGGAGCUCAAUAUAUGGACCAGAACUUCUCUCACGUCCACCAAAUGGGACGAAUCCAAACAAGAAUGGACUGUGCAGAUCCGACGCGAGCUUCCCAAUGGCAGUAUUGAAUCACGAAUCAUGCAUCCAAAGCACAUUGUGCAGGCAACCGGCCACUCUGGCAAGAAGAACCAGCCUGAUUUCCCGGGCUGGGACAGCUUCAAAGGCGACGUAAUCUGCCACUCGUCUGAGUUCUCAGGCGCCGGCAAGUACGACAAGGGCAAAAGCCACAAGGGUAAAAAGGCCGUCGUGGUCGGCUCGUGCAACUCGGCCAUGGACAUCUGCCAGGCCUACUUUGAGGAAGGGUACGACGUGACCAUGGUCCAGCGCAGCUCGACGGCCAUUAUUGGCGCCGACACCAUCAAGGACUUGCUGCUGGGCAAGCUCUACUCCGAGGACGGGCCGCCCAUUGACGACGCCGACAUGCUCAUCUGGGGCUGGCCGACCGAGGUCUUCAAGGCCAUCCACCAGCAGCUGACGAGAAAGCAGGUCGACCAGGACAAGGACAUCCUGGAGGGCCUGGAAAAGGCCGGGUACAAGGUCGACUAUGGCCCCGACGACUGCGGCAUCUUUGUCAAGUACUUUCAGCGCGGUGGCGGUUACUACUUUGACGUGGGCAGUUGCCAUCUCGUCAUUGACGGCAAGGUCAAGGUCAAACAGGGCCAGGAGGUGGCCGAGAUUCUGCCCCACGGCAUCAAGUUUGCCGACGGUUCGGAGCUCGAGGCCGACGAGAUUGUCGUCGCUACGGGCUAUCAAAAUAUGAGGACGGGCACCAGACAAAUCUUUGGCGACGAGGUCGGGGACAAGGUCGGCGACGUGUGGGGAUUUGAUGAAGAGGGCGAGAUGAGAACUAUCUGGAAGCAAAGUGGACACCCGGGGCUCUGGCUCUUUGGCGGCAAUUUCGCCAUGUGUAGGUAUUAUUCAAGAUUGGUUGCUCUACAGAUCAAGGCUCAUUUGGAGGGCAUGACUGGAAAGCAUGCGAGAAGAGACAGCAAGAUGAUGUGA